GCCUACUGCACUUCCGGCUUGUGGCGGGUAGCGAGCCAGAGAGACGGCUGCGGGCCGAGGGCGGCGAGUGACAGGUCGCAACGGGGCCGGGACUGGGAGCCGGGUCUCUGGGGCUUAGCUUCUGUUUCUCUCUCUCGUCCCAUCGCGGUGACCUUCAUGGGCCUCAGGACCCCCGCCCCAGGGCGGUUGAGGUGGGCUGCGUGAGGCGGCAGCGGCCGCGGGUGGCUUGAGGCCGAGGGAGACUGUGGCGAGCGAGUUCGGGCCCAGCCAAGGGCUGAGGGAGGGCGGCGAUGUUCGUGCAAGAGGAGAAGAUCUUCGCUAGGAAGGUCCUGAGGCUUCACAUCUGCACCAUGGAAGGCACCGAAUGGCUGGAGGAGGUCACUGAGGAUACCACCGUGGAGAAGCUCAAGGAGCGCUGCCUCAAACAUUGUGUAAAUGUGAGCUUAGAAGACCCUAAAAGUGUAACACAUCAUAAAUUAAUACAUGCUGCUUCAGAGAGGGUCCUGACAGACACCAAAACUAUCAUAGAAGAAAACAUUCAAGAUAAAGAUGUCUUAUUACUGGUAAAAAAACGAGCUCCUCCUCCUCCUCCUAAGAUGACUGAGGUCUCAGCUGAGGAAAAGAAAAAGCAAGAACAGAAAGCUCCAGAUAAAGAUGCUAUUCUCAAAGCGACAGCAAAUAUUCCCUCCCACAGUGUGGACCGGACUGUGGCGCAUCACAGCAUGAGAGAUUUCCAGACAGAACUCAGGAAGAUCUUGGUUUCACUUAUAGAGGUGGCACAGAAAUUGUUAGCACUGAACCCAGAUGCAGUUGAAUUAUUUAAAAAGGCAAAUGCAAUGUUGGAUGAGGAUGAUGAUGACCGAGUAGAUGAAAUAGCUUUAAGACAACUUACAGAAAUGGGCUUCCCUGAGAAUAGAGCUGUGAAAGCACUUCGUCUCAAUCACAUGUCAGUAACACAGGCCAUGGAGUGGUUGAUAGAGCAUGCAGAAGAUCCAACUGUGGACACACCUCUUCCAGGUCAUACUUCAUUAGAAGCUGCAGGUGCUUCUGCCUCCUCCUCUCAAGCUUCUGGUGGACUAAACACAGAAAGAGAAGAAGUCAAGGAUGAGCUAACAGAAAUCUUCAAGAAGAUACGUAGGAAAAGAGAAUUUCGGCCAGAUCCACGAGCUGUCAUUGCUCUGAUGGAGAUGGGAUUUGAUGAAAAGGAAGUGGUAGAUGCACUGAAAGUAAACAACAACCAGCAAAAUGCAGCAUGUGAAUGGCUGCUUGGUGACCGAAAACCUUCACCAGAAGAUUUAGAUAAGGGAAUUGAUCCAGAUAGUCCUCUUUUUCAAGCCAUCCUUGACAACCCAGUUGUGCAGUUAGGACUAACUAAUCCUAAAAUUUUGUUAGCAUUUGAAGAUAUGCUUGAAAACCCAUUAAAUAGCACCCAGUGGAUGAAUGACCCUGAGACAGGACCUGUCAUGCUACAGAUCUCCAGGAUCUUUCAGACGCUGAACCGCACCUAGGGUGAUAGAUGCCCUCCACUCUGCUGCUCCUGCUGCCCACAGCUUCAGGUUCCUCAUAGAAGAAGGAGCCGAAGAUUUGGAGGGGAGGGGAAGAAAAAAAAACUUGGUAUUUGGCUAGAGGCCCUUUUAGUUAUACUUCUCAAACAAGAAAGAAUGUAGCUUAUAGCCAGCUGGAAAUGUAGUUGCCUUAUGGAUUUAUUGGUAGUGGAAGCAGGGUUUGCAUUCAGUUAGAUUGAAUAAAAAAAUCCAUAUCUCAAAAAUACUCAUGCAAACAACUUACAUGGGAUUGUUUGAGACAGUAAUGACUGCUCUGGUUUUAUACCUUAUUGCUUAAAGAAUCUGUGAGGGUAGUUUACAAGUCAGUAUUUUUAGCAUCUGACUGAUGUUUACAAAAAGUGACUGACCACUUCAGUGAAGAAUUAAAUGAUAUACUCAUCUCUAAAGAGUAUUAAGUUAUGAUUAUUAAAAUUAAAUGCUAUUUGAAUUGACCCUUAGUUAAAUUUUAAAAUGUAGAUGUUAUUUGAGAGAGCAUGUUUCAAUCCAAACUGUUAAUGUCAGACAUACUAAUUUAAGUAAAUUAAUUCUUAGGUUAAAUUUCUUAAUAAAUAGUUUUCCUUUUUCCUAUUUUCUGUGUUAGUGUUGUUCUAGUACUCAAAGAAAAAGUGUUAUAUUACUUUAAGCAACUCACAUCUCAUUAUAUUAAAGAUGCAGUAUUUUUUUCCUCUAACAGUUCAUUUUGCCAUGCCAACAUUUUUAAUAUCUACAGGAGUAGAUUUUAUAAGUAGUAGACAUGUUUUGAUAUUUAGAAGGCUGUUUUCUUUUAAUUGAAUGAGUUUUAAAAGUUAUAAGAACACAUUUUCCCCACAUCCCAUAUAGCAUAUAUCUUGAGGAAAAGCAAACUCUAUUAUAGACAUUAAGCUGAUAACUUUUCUGCCUCUUUUUAAAGAAAAAAAAAAUCCUUUGUUCAUUAUUUUUGCCAGAAGAAGUUGUCUUCUGAGAAUGUUUUGGUUAAACUAACAUUCUUGUGAAGGCAGCCAAAUAACAUUUGCCUUAAUGCACUAACACAUAUGCCUUGACUAUUGGCACCUAAAUAUCUGGCAUUAGUUGGCUUACACUUUGUGGAGUUACCAUCUUCCAUAAAUAGCCAGUGAGUAUAGAAGUCUAGUAGCUGAGAUCUUAGCUAGAUGACAAUCCUAGUUAAUCUGUCUGUAAAGAGCAUUUUUAUCUCACUGAUCAGGUAUCUUAUGGUUUUAGAUUUAAAACUUUAGGUCAGAAAUACCAGGAAUGUUUUUUGUAGCUAUUCUAGGCAUUUUCUGGUUCCCAUGUCUGUCUAUUUUUUGAAAAAAGGAUGUAUGUAAGACACCCCUGAACAUUUUUGUGAGGUGUUAUAAUCUUUGAUCUCUUGAUAAUUUAUUCUUUUUUUCUUCCAUUCUUUGACUUAAAAGCUACUAGCUGGGAGUUUAUGCUUUUCAUUUUUUUUUUAACUCAAAGCCCUUAAUUCAUUUAUUUUUAACUUGAAAGUCUGUGGAAUGAAUUCAUCUCCCCCCCUUUCUUGAUAGAGAAUAAGAUUCCCCUUGGUACUUCUCCCAGUCAAAAGGGUAAGUUUACAAUUCAGUAUUUUUAGCAUCUGACCAGUUUGCAAAGAGUGACUGACCAUUUAAGUGAAGAAUUUAAAGAUACAUUCAUCUUGAAUAUAAAUCACUUUUCCCCCUUCAAAAAAAUGAUUUGGGGAUACUACUAAAAUCAUUAGUGAUGCAUUAAUUUUCAAUAUAUACAUUAUCUAUUUGACUAUAUAAUAUUUAUGAAAGAGCAAAAUAUUUUAGACAUACAAAAUGUGAAGUUUGGGAUUUUAGUUCAAUAGGAAUUUUUCUUUUGUACUAUAGAAUGAUUCUUAUUUUGUAUAAAAUUUAUCCAAAUAGUAUACAAUCAUCCUUAUUAAAGUACUCCUCCCAGGUUGCAACAAUUUCCUGAGUUCACUGUUCCUUCUGUAUAGAUUUUCAAGAGCUUUGAUUCAGAAAUUUAACUAGUUUCAUAAACCUAGUCCAGACUGAAUUCAUCUGUAAAUUGGAAUUACUAUGAAAAGAAAGCUGUUAUGGCCAAAGAAGUACUGCAUCUUUAAAAUACCCCCAAACUGAGUAAAUGUUUAGGUUUUAUGUGUAUGUGGCUUUUUGGUUUGGGUUUUGUUUUGUUUUUUCCUUGCUUAAACCUAAUUCAGAUUAUUUUAAUAUGCUAAUCUUUUAAAUAUUUGAGAGGGAAAAACUAAAAAGUAGUUAAUUUGAUGUGUCUCUUCAAAGGGGUAAAUGACUCUUGGGACUAUAUAGCUUCUGAAGAUUAUUACUUGGUAGUGAUGGACAAUUAAUAGUGUUUUAGGGCUAAAUAGUUUUUUGCAGCAAGGCUCAGUGUGACUAAAGACUUCAUGUAGAUUCAAACUAAAUUAUCAGAGAAUACCACAUAAGAAACUAGUGAAAUCAAACCAUUAAUACACAUGCCUAUCAUUUAGUAUGCAGUCAGGGCCAAGGCUAUGUUUGUUAAGAGGCCAAUUCAGCAGAUUUUGGAGAGGAGCCAGCACCCAAACAAUGUUUACCUUUAAUGCUCUUUCCACUGUAUUUGGAGUAUUGGUAAUUCCAUAUGUUUCUGAUGGAGAAUCUUUAAAAUCCUCAUGCCAGAUUUUGGGUUGGGAUUUGGCAGAUGUAGGAAGAGGUUUCCAGCUGGGGACCUUGUAGACAGGGAGGAUAUAGUAAAGGGCACUGUCACAAUUGAUAUUCUCUAUCCAUGGCAAAGGAUGGAACAAUUAUGUUUACAACUUCAAAAUUCAGUCUAGCAUACAUAGCAAUAUUAACAUGCAGCUUACUGAAUGAAAAGUUAAAACUACUGCGACCACAUGUCUGUGCAUCAUUUAAGCCAGACCUAAGGUGGGGAUAUGCACCAUUUGAUCUUAAAGAAGGGAAAAGAUACAGGAAAAGCGAGGAAGACUAAGAAAAUAGCUAAUGAAUCUUCAACAGUAUUGUUUCUUUUUGAAUUGUUCUUAUGCUUGUUCUCCACCAUCCCAUUGGUUGACAUAGACAAUCUUUACCUUUUGAUAUUUACAUGUGAUUAUGGAAAGGUAUUUAUUUAUUUAAUAUAUAUAUAUACAUAUAUAAUUUAUAAUUUUAUCAGAUCACAAAGCUUUGAUAUUUUUAAUAGAAGUGUUCUAUAUGAAAGUUUGUUCUCAGGGCUUCAUAUUUAUACUAACUUUGUAGGGGAUGCAAUACAAUUUGAAAAACCAGUAAUCAUUUUACUACUGAAACAUUGGUUACUUGGUAUCAACUUGUGAGAGAUAGCAUGAGACAACCUUGAUAGAGACCAAUCCAGUGAGUCUUCCUUUCUUGUUGAUUGGUAUCUUCUAAUGAAGGGGUCCACAGGAUUUGGUGUAAAAACUAUGAAUGUAAACAAAAAUAAGGUAACUUAUGGUAUGGGUCUAAAUUUUAGAAUUUAUAUAUACUUUGAGAAAAAUGUUUGUAGUAUUGAUGAGGUAUACACCAUUAGAUGAGAGCAUCUUCGAUGCUGUGGUUGGGGAAUACCAAGUAGUACACUGUGUCCACCAAAUUAUAGUGUUAAAAACUACCAAAGCAAUGGACUGUUACCAUAUCUUACCUCUAAAAGACAACAAGAAUAUGUUUGUUUUUUCAAAGUUAUAUUCUCGGGCAGUUCUAGUUAUGAUGUCUUCAUGUUAUUACUGGAACAGUUAGAGAAGGACAUUUAGAACCUAUGGUUUUGCCCCUACUCACCCACCCAUGUCUAAUGCCCCUUGCCUUGUAGUUUUUACAAGUUUGGGGGUUAAAACUUUGUCAUUGAUUUCUAAGGUCAAAUUUGAAGAGGUAAUUCCUUAUCUUCUACAGAACUGAUUCAGUUGCCUAAAAAUGACUGGACCAUUUAAAUUCCAAUUUUAAAAAAUGAAUCUUUUGAAACUAUCGAUGAGAUCAAGGACUAGUCCCAGAUGUCCUCUAACUGAACUGUAGGCUUCUCCAAUAGUGGUUUUUACUGGCAAUUGUCCUGCUCCAGUGACUCUUGGCUCUAUUAUUACUUGAAUGCUUACAAAAUUGGUUGAAUUCUCACCAGUCUGAACCCCCCCCCCUUUUUGUACAAUCAAGCGUGUGCUUGCUACGCAAGAUGGUUAUAGAGUUGUUGCCUAUGAACAUUUUUCAUCAGAGACUACAAAUUUACUCUGAAAAUGCAGGUUCCCCAGUGUGCAUUUCCUUUGCCGAAAUUUAUUCUAUUAGUAUCCCAAUCUUAACUAAUAACCAAAGGUUGUAGUUGUAAUUGGGAUGUUAUAUUACCUCUCUAACAGUUUCCCAACCCUAGAUUCUAGGCACUUAAAUACUGCUCCCUGGCUGAAACUGAAGGAAGGGCUUUUGAUAAAUGUAAAUGCAUUAAAUUCCACUUGAAUUUGGUUGUUGUUUUUGUACCAUUGUGGUGUUUGAGGGGUGGGGGGAGUUGGGGGAGAACAAUGUAUAAAUGUCUACCAAAUGAAAUGUUAACAGCUGCUGGUGAUGCCUGUGUAUUAUUUUUUAAAAAUGACUUUGAAUAUUUUGCUGGUUUAAUAAAAUAUAUCAGAAUGUGAUUUGCAGUGACUACAAGUUAGCUCUAGUGCUGCAUUUUCAUUUUACCUGGUUAUAAAAAUAAUUGAAUAGGUUUGGUCCCUCAUACUUUUUAUAUGAAAGUGAUACUGUGGCAUGCACACUUGUUUUAAAAUUUAAUGUUAUUUGGGGCAACUUAAGUUGAGUGUGACAAAACUAAAUUCAGAGUUCAUUCUACAGAUAUUGUGGUAGGGGCAUGAGUUAGUUAUAUUAUCAGUAAUAAUGCUGAAUAUUUGAAUUGAUUUUGAAUAUGUAUAGUUUUGUUUUUUAAUCCUAAUGGCCCCCAAAAUAUAAUGAUCCACUCAGCUGGGUUUUAAUGAAGUCAGAUUUCAACUACUUAAUGAAAUUUUCUGAAUAACACAUUUUGAGGACAAAUUGUUCCAACUUUGGUAGCAGUCAUAAACUCUGUUAACACCGCUUGUUAGGGGAUUAGAAUGAUUACUGAGUCUUAAUUCCUCUAACCCAUCCCACCCCACACAUACACUGACUAACAUUGUGCUGAUAGGUAUAUUGUAAAUUUAUAACACAAUAAAAGUUUUUUGAUUAUAUGAA